AAGAUGGACAUGGCGAAACGCUCAGGAAAACAGAGGAAGAGGUUUUGACAGGCUGUGACGGACGUGUUUCGGCCAACUGUCAGUUCCAUCCGAUGCUGUCAUUUCGCAUUGCCGCACGAUCUGCCAACGAUUCUGAGCUCGAUAUUCUGCGAGAAAACGAAGAAAAGCCAUGCCCAAUCAUAAACAUCGCAAGCAUGCCGUCUCAACAUCCGAACACUGCUACAAGAGCGCAGCUCUGCAAGAUCACUUCGUUCGAACCCUGAACCUGAAUACACUGCUGCGUUCGUCGGCGUCCAUCCCAGCGCUGCUACCAUCUCAUCCGCUACGCCAUGCAUCAUCCACAGCGGAGCCGUCUGACCCUUCAGCAAGUUUACCACACCUUCAACUCCGCAAAGCUCCACUUCCACAGAUUCCGCUCAACCCACACAAACGCCAGCUCCAGAAAUGGCAGCGCGAACGACAGCUGGCACUCACCGCCCACGCACACUGCCUCACCGCCCACUCAAAGCUCAUCGCACCCGCCGCGGGGUCUACCAACGUCGAUACCAAACCGCAACUCGCUCGAUCGGACAUCGCAUUAGACCCGAUUGAGAAGGAACGCAGCUUGGAUCCACCCCGGCCGCCGUUGACGUUGGCUCAGAAGAUGGGACUGGUGGGAAAGCCGAAGGAUCGCAUAAGCGAGGAAGAUUGGAAGGUUGUAAAGGAAAGGGCGGUGGAAAGAGGCGAGAUGGAGAGUGGAUGUCCCAUAUGUCAGGAGCCGUUUGGUUGCGAGGAUCAGGUCCUCCUCUCCUGCAGUCAUACCUUUCAUAGGGCAUGUCUCGACUCCUUCGAGAGGUACGCCAAGCGGACAUCUUGUCCCAUCUGUCGAGACGAUUCGUACGAGAAACGACUCAUCUUCGAAGGGAAAAAGCAUCACAAGCACGUAAGCGCCACGCUCAUCCAGAAAACCUAUCGAGGCUACAUCGAACGGAAGAAGUACUUGCGCUACUGUGAAACACAUCCGCCAGAACAUCCGGCAUUGCUGGCGAAAUGGCACAUGGACAAAUUGGCUCGCUACUCCGAUAAGCUGCAGGCUCGAUUUGCGGCCGAGAACCGGGAAGUGCAUAACUUGAUUACGAAUGUCGAUCGGCAGCUGUCGCAGAACAGGAACUCCAUGGAUAUAACCGGUGCACUGCUGGAAAGCCUCAAGCUCGCACCCACCGACCCACAUCACGAAACGGACUGGAAGCAAAUCCUUACUCGAGCCGGCGCAACCGUGAAAUCGGACGAUUGCGCCAUCUGCAUCAUGCCGUUACUCGGCACCUCCCAAGCAACGACCAAAGCCAAAACGCUUUCCAUCACGAGCUGCGGGCACGUGUACCAUGCCCGCUGUCUUGCCGGCAUCAAAAAGUUUGCAGCGUCACAAAGUUGUCCAUUGUGUCGCAAGGUCGAAUUCGAGGAAUUGGAAAUCCAGGCCGAUACCAUAAGUUACCAUGAUUUACCAUAAGUUACAGAUUCGGCCGGUGUGUAUAUAUACAUACAAUGAGAGGGUGAUCAAUAUAUGUUGGCUAGGAUAGCUACAGAGCGCUGAAUCAUGUUCAGCGCGUCGGAUGGGGCCUUGCAUGGUAAAGAGGCUGUGAAGAGUGUGGCGCUCCUGUCUU